GUGAGAAUUUGGAACCGGACAUAUGAGCGAGCCAAAGUGCUGUGUGCGGAACUGGGAAACUGGGCCAAGCCGUUCGAGAGCAUUCGGAGCUGUGUGUGCAAGGAGCUAAUGUCAUUGUAACACGACAUAUGCUUCGGAAUCCAUUAUUGACAUGGCAUGGCUACAAACCGGUGCUCACUCAAUGGUAUUGUAAUAACCAGCUGACAGUUAGUGGUACACAGUGAUACGAGGGUAAAUC